AGUGAGCUGAUUUUCCGGUAGAUGACGUUAUAAGAGAAAUGUUUUGGCUCGUGCACAAUUGUUCCUGAAGGUGAGCACACUCUAAGCCACGGGAUUCUGUCCGUGGUGCUGAUGCAGGCUCCUUCACACAACGUGCCGAGAAAAUGUUUCUUCUUUGUAUCGGCAUGCGUCAGGGAAGGAGGUGCGCUGCUCCAAGACUUUGUGUGGCAGCUGCAGUCACAGGGUUUGGGGCUGCUGCCCGCCGCAAAAAAAUGCGAGACACAAGAGAAGCACGUGUAGUGGGUGGUCCCCGGCAGACGACUUUCACGUGGCUCUAGCGAGCGCCGAGCCGGAGCUGAGCCGCCGCCGUUUCAGUCCGGUGCGGCACCAGCAGGAGACAACAUCAGCAUGGCUGCGGAGAUGGAGCCCUCAGACGUGAUCCGCCUGAUAAUGCAGUACCUCAAGGAGAACAACCUCUACCGAACGCUGACCACCUUGCAGGAGGAAACCACCGUCUCACUCAACACGGUGGAAAGCAUCGACAGUUUCAUAGCAGAUAUAAAGAGCGGCCACUGGGACAACGUCCUGCUGGCUAUCGAGUCCCUCAAGUUGCCUGAUAACACACUUAUUGACCUUUAUGAGCAGGUUGUAAUGGAGCUCAUUGAAAUGCGAGAGGUGGGAGCGGCUCGCUCUCUCCUCAGACAAACUGACCCCAUGAUCAUGUUAAAGCAGACGCAGCUAGAGAGGUACAUCCAUUUGGAGAACCUGCUAACAUGCUCCUACUUUGACCCCCGAGAGGCGUACCCGAAGGGCAGCAGCAAGGAGAAGCGGCGCAGGGCAAUAGCUGAGGCGUUGGUGAGGGAGGUCAGCGUGGUGCCCCCCUCUCGCCUCAUGGGGCUCCUGGAACAAGUUGGCUCUAUGAGACUAGAGCAGUCGCCGGGUCAUCUCUCCCCCGAAAUGGCCAUUGAAACGUCUGGCAACAAAGAAAGACAUGUGGAGAAAGAGAGCUUUCCAACGCAGCUGUACCGUCACAUCAAGUUUGGACGGCGGUCGCAUGUGGAGUGUGCCCGCUUCUCUCCCGAUGGCAAGUACUUAAUCACUGGAUCGGUGGACGGGUUCAUUGAGGUCUGGAACUACAACACAGGAAAAAUAAGUAAGGAUUUAAAGUAUCAGGCCCAAGAUAGCUUCAUGAUGAUGGAUGAUGCUGUGCUGUGUAUGUGCUUCAGUCAAGACACAGAUCUACUGGCAACUGGAGCUCAGAAUGGCAAAAUAAAGGUGUGGAAGAUACAGAGUGGCUUGUGCCUGCGCAGGUUUGAGCAUGCCCACAACAAAGGUGUGACCUGUCUGAGCUUCUCCAAAGACAGCAACCAGAUCCUGAGUGCCUCCUUUAACCAGACCAUCAGAAUCCAUGAACUGAGGUCAGGCAAGACACUAAAGGAGUUAAAUGGCCAUUCAUCGUUUGUAAAUGAUGCAUCUUUCACUCAAGAUGGAUUUCACAUCAUCAGUGCCUCAUCUGAUGGCACAGUUAAGAUUUGGAAUGCAAAAUCGGGCGAAUGCAUCCACACUUUCAAAUCUCUGUCUCGGACAUCAGAGCUCCCCGUCAACAACGUCAUUCCUCUGCCCCAAAAUCCAGAGCACUUUGUGAUUUGCAACCAAUCCAACACGGUGGUCAUCAUGAACAUGCACGGUCAGACUGUGAAGACCUUCAGCUCGGAUAGAAAGGAUGGAGCCAACUUUGUGUGUUGCACCCUGUCACCCCGCGGGGAGUGGAUUUACUGUGUGGGAGAGGACUUAGUGCUGUACUGCUUCAACUACACGACGGGAAGGCUGCAGAAAACGCUUACCGUUCACGAGAAAGACGUAAUUGGCAUCGCACACCACCCACAUGAGAAUCUGAUUGCCACAUACAGCGAGGAUGGCCUCCUACGGCUAUGGAAACCUUAAACUGUCGCCUGCAUUGUGAUAUGGAGGACCCAGAGAGCCUUACACUUGGUCAUAAAGUGAUUCAUUCAUUUCUAUACUUUACAAAUGGAUACAUUCUUCCAUCAGUAAAUUAUAAACCAGUUCACUGAUUGAGAGAACAAUCUCACCACUAAGUCUAUUCAGUAGCUGUUCUGGAGCUUUAGGUCAUGUCACAUGAUCUUCAUCAGCAGAUUUCCAGUUGUCAUGGAAUUGUAGAUGCUAAACUCUCCUGAGCACUUCUUGUAAAUGGUGGCUUAAAAGCUGAGGUUCCAAAUGAAUUUCUUUUCCUCGGAAACAGCAGUUUAGAAAACAGUCAGCUCCGUGGCAAAUGGGCAAACUCCAUUUGCUGAUGAGCAUCAUGUGACUUGACUGAAAGCACCAUAACAGCUACUAAAUGGAGCCUGUGGUGGCAAUGUUUCCUGAACUGCUGUUUCCAAAGUCAAGCAUAUACUUGGAACUUCUGCAAUGAAUUGUUUAUUUUCAAUGUCCACAAGUUCAGGUGAUAGCCAAUGCAAGUGUCUGUUACGUCUGAUGGUGGAUUAGAAAGACUGUGCAUAGUGUACACAUUGGGAAAGUGGCAAAAUAAUCCAGUUGACAAAUAAAAUAAAAUGUUAAAAAAAAAAAGUAAAGAGGAGGCAACUUGGUAAAUCAAAAUGAAAUAAAAUAAUCCUUUCAAUCUCUCUUAAAAAUUAAAGGAACAGGCCAUCAAUAUUCUAUAUUAUAUAAGACCACAACCAACUAUACUUGAUUAUACUGAAGAUGUAUAUCUUUAAAAGUGGGUAACAAAUAUAUAGUUUCUUUUUCUUUUUUUUUUAAAUGCUUAAUAAUUUUCUAAAAACAGCUGGGCACUUCAGUUUGUAGCAAAUGUUAAUCAAACAAGAGUAAUAAUGCAUUUGUUGACUAGUUUCAGCUGUGGAUUAAUACACAUUCGGUGCUUUAGUGAAUAUUUACAGCAGUAGGACGGUGCGGGGGAUUGGCUAAAUUAACUACAGUACUCAUGUUCAUGGAAAUAAUGGAACAUGUCACCCUGGGGAACGCUGUGGCACAUUGACGUGUUUUUAAUAGUAUUUUGACAAUAAUGGAGGUGUAUGGCAUAGAGUAAUAAGCUAUAUCAGGCUUUGGCUACACAACAGAAACUAUUUUUGUAUUUGAUUUAUUGAUUGAUUGAUUAAUUUGUCUUUCAAAGGUCUUUGCUUGAUGAAUUUUAACAGCACUGUCUAGGUCCUCCAUACUGUACACACACUUCCUUGUGGAUCCAACUUUACCAGUGCAGUUUCAAUCCCCAUUUUCAUCUCUUCUGUCGUUAUUAGACAUGAAAAUGCAUGAUAGUGAACUGUCGUGAAAAGAUUUAUAAUAAAAACUGCCUCUUGUUUGGGCAUAAACAAACAAUAUCAGGUAUGUGAUUUGUUAGCUUUGGUUUAUAAUGAUACUUUUGUAACUUUGAUUCAAUGACUGAUUCUGUUUUGUCCUGCAUGCUACCUCAGUACACUGUCUAAAUGUGGCCGAUCAAUCGAUUCAAUACUCCUUAAAAAUAUGCAUGAUGACUAAAGAUAAACCUCAGUGGAACUCCAGUGACACCUUCUGUAUCCUGUGUGUAUAUAAUAAAUGUAUUUAACGUAGUCACAUUAUUGUCGGUUUGCUGCAUAUACUGUAAUCGGUGUUCCUGUGCAUCAGUAGGACGUGUAUGCCUGCAAGAAACACAGCUACUGCCUCGACCAGUAUUUAUUCACACAGCACUAUCUGGUACCAUUUAGCAUCUGUCUGUAAACUAUCAUCCAUAUGUCACUGCUGCAAAAUAAUGUUUAAUCAUUACACUGUAUUUUGUAUAUUCAUUAUGUUGUAUAUAAAACUGGCAGUCAUGUCAAAAAUGAUUAUCAAUAAAAAUAUA